AGUUGUGCGGGGCGCUCCGCUAAGUGUGCAUGUGUCAGGGAGCUACAUCGGCGCGAAGCUAUCAAAAUGGGAAGUCGAGCACGAAUGUUAGUCAAACUUUGUGAGCAAGAAUGUUCAAAAUUUGAUAGUAUUGGGGACCAGUCUCUUCCUUCAAAAACUGUUAUUUCUACUAGUGCAAAUGAGAUAUUUUCUGCAGAACAAAACCAAGACGUCAGCAACAUUAUUUCAAACAUUGAUACUGCUUGCUCUAGUCAACCAUCGAUUGUGACAGAAAAUGUUAUUUCUUCUCUAAAUAAGGCGAAUCCGUCACCGAUCCUCCUAGAAAACAACGAAAACGAUAGUGAAGACGAAACUAAAGACUUUUCUCCAGACGAUAGUGGUGAUGAAUAUAAGCCAGAGAAAUCUGUACAACGCAACCGUAUUAAUUCAACGUCAUCUAGCUCAUCUUCGGGCUCUUCAUGCUCAACUUCAUCGUCUAGUUCAUCUGGUACUACUUCUAGCUCACCAUCAACAUCGAUUACUCAUGAUUCCGUCAGAAAUUCCAAUUUUAUAGAUACCAGCCAAGAUUUAGCGCUACCUUCCGAGACUGCAGUUACCAAGAGAGGCAAGAAGAGAGUUCGUAAUGAAUCUGCAUGGAUAAAAAAUGUACGAAAACGUCAGCGAAAUUCUGGAAAACAAUACGUAUCUAAAACUGGCAAAACUGUUGCAGCUAAAUCUAUUAAACCACCUUGCACAGAAAAAUGUAGGCUCAAAUGCCGUAAUAAAAUAACGGAGGAACAAAGACAGGAGAUAUUUGAAUGUUAUUGGGGCUUGGGAUCACUACAAAGACAGCGUGAUUUUUUGAACUCCUGUUUAAUAACUUUGAAAGUUCCCUACCGUCGAGUAAAAGAAGGAGCUGCCAAAGCUAGGAACCAAAAUUGUGUUUUUAAUUUCACGGUGAAUGGUGAAACUAAGCGGACGUGCAAAACUUUUUUUUUAAAUAGUUUGGGUAUAUCAGAGCGAACACUGCGAACGGUUAUUGAAGGUAAAAACAGUUCUGGUACAGGUGUGAUCCCUCAGGACAAGCGUGGCAAGCAUGCUCAUUAUAAUCAAGUAAACCCAGAAAUCAUGCAAUCCGUUCGCGAUCACAUUAAUUCCGUGCCUAGAAUUGAGAGCCACUAUACUCGGGCUAACACAACUCGUGAAUUUAUUGAUGGCGGUCUUACCGUUAAAGAGCUGCAUCGAAAUUACGUAUCUAGUAGAGGAACGAUGCCAUCGGCAACUUUUGACACGUAUUACCGAAUUUUCAACACUGAAUUUAACCUAUCAUUUUUUGUACCCAAAAAAGAUCAGUGUGAUCUAUGCGAGUCUUAUAAAAAUGCUGUCGGGAAAGACCAACUCAAAUUAAAAGAAGCUUAUGAAGAGCAUUUAAAACAAAAAGAUUUAAGUAGGAAAGAGAAAACUAAGGAUAUUGAGUUACUAAAAGAAGAUGGUAACAAUAUCGUUGCAAUAUACGAUUUACAGGCAGUUAUGCCUGUACCUAUCGGUAAUAGUUCAGCGUUUUUUUACAAAUCAAAGUUGAACUGCCUAAACUUUACGGUUACAAACUUAAAAGAUAGCGUAACAAAUUGCUAUUUCUGGCACGAUGGUCUUGGCAAUAGAGGAGCUAUAGAAAUUGGUUCUUGUGUGUUCAAAUUUCUGAAAGAGACUGCAGAGCGUCAUGCCAAUAGCAAUAUAAUAUUUUAUUCUGACAACUGCUGUGGUCAGCAAAAAAAUAGAUCCCUGCUUGGCAUGUAUUACUAUGCGGUUGAAACUCUUCCAAUAAAUUCAAUCACACAUAAAUUUUUGAUACGUGGGCACACUCAAAAUGAGGGCGACAAUGCUCAUUCGCUCAUCGAAAAGUCAAUUAAAAGAGCAAAAAAGUCAGGUCCUAUCUAUAUUCCAUACCAGUACAACUUAUACGCAACACCAAGAAAACUGGGAAUGCUUUUGUAAUAAACGAGCUUAACUAUGACGAUUUUUAUGAUUUAAAAAAGCUAUUUGAAGAUAUUACACUAAAUGUUAACAAAGAUCUGCAAGGUAACCAGAUAAAACUAUCUGAAAUAAAAUCUAUACGAUUUGUUAAAAAUAGUGAGACUUACGAUUUAAAAUAUUCUUACGAGGGUGAAUGGAUAACUGUCAAAUCAAAAACAUCUACUAAUACUCGAAAAAAUCGGUCCGAUAAUAAUUUAAAUAUUACUGAAAUACGUUUGAGAGCAGCUUACAAUUCAAAACUUACGAUUUCUGAUCAAAAAAAGCAGGAUUUGCGUACUUUGUUAGAAAAAAACAUUGUUCCCAGGUGCUAUUCCGGAUUUUACGAGAGUUUGUUUUAAGUUACCUGAGUAGGUACAAUUUUUUUAUUGUUUUUAUUAAGUUUUAAUUUUUUAUGUAAGUAGUAUGUCUAAUGAAACGAACGUAAGACUGAAAUGUUUAAAAAUAGUUCUAACAUUCUACUGAUCUUUUAAGACUGACUUUUAAGAAUAACUUUUUAAAUGUGCCCUGCACAUUUUUUAGAUUUUAAGAAUAUUGUUAUAAACAGCUGAUUUUUCUGUGCCAUAUUAGAUAGUAGUUAUUAAGAGGGUUAAAAAACUAAUUUUAUAUACCUACUAUAUUGUUUAAUUUCGUAUUGAAUAGUUCCUAUUAAAGUGUAAUUAAGAUGAAGGACAUCUACAAAUGAUUCAUACUAUGUCACCACUGACUGCCGUUGUUAAUUUUUAUUGAAAUAAUACAAAAUGUGUUGAUUGGAACGAUAUUGGUUUUAUUUUAUAAGAGACAACGAAGGUCAUAACUACCCGAGCUUUCUUUGCCUAGGGCAACAGCGACGCAACUGUAAGUGUUAAAAUGUUUUUUAUUUAUUUCUCAUUAUUUUGGAUAAGAAUAUAGAAAAUAAAUGUGUCUGUUUUCAAGCCCAGAGUUCAAACUACAAUAAUAAAAUAGAUAAAGAGUCAGUAACUGUAAGAAAAGUAAGGAAUCUUCAAUGGUGUUACGAAAAUAUCUUAAAACUGGCGUAGUGUAAAUUUUACAAAUUUGCAGUUAUGUCACUGUCGCUCCAAAUGAGCGAUGUAUGUAUGCGCAUAUAUGACCAUGUAAAUAUCUGUAUAUACAGUUUGAAUUAUUUAAGAUCAGUGCUGUAAUAAUUUGUAAGAUAGCUAUUAAUUUUAACCUCGUAUUAAUAGUAAGCUUGGGAAAAAUAUGUCUUGAUAAUUACGUUAAGCAUACUUGUGUGUAUUUAAGCUACUUUAAAAAAAAUCCGUAUAAUCAUGUUAUACGUAAUUUUUUUAAUGCGCUUAGGGCAUGCAUAAUUGAAUUUACCGAUAGUUUUUAUUUAAACUAACAACUAUCAUGACAGGAAUAACCUAAUGCGACAGUGUAGUUCUUUUCAUGCAUAACAAAAAUGUGGUCAUUAACUCUAAACAAAUUGGAAACAAUCUUACCCUAGUGAAUUCACUCAAGGUGCAACAGAAUAGAUCACUGUCUUCAACCAUUCUAUUAAGAACGCGUAACAUUCGCGUUAAAGGCGCCUUGUCGAGUAAAUUUGUACCCGUCUGGAUACGGCCCAAUCCGCGCCAAUAUGCCACUAUAAUAUUAUUUGUGUCCAUGGACUACAGUAACCACUUGCCAUUAGGUAACUUAUAGCUUAUUUUAAUAAUAUCACAAAAUGUGUAUAUCUUACCUAUUUCAUAAUUCCCAUUUUCUUCAUAUUUGAAAUUCUCAUUUUCUAAAUUCUCUUCUUCAACUUUAACAGAUUCAAGGCUAAACAUUUCGUUCUGACAACCAUUAUCUAGAUCACACUCUACUGGCCUGAUAUCUAUAUGACUAAUUGGUGUGAAUUGAAUCUUAUCUCUAGCAUCAUGAUGAUUUGGUAUAGACUGAAACCAAAUUCUUUUGUUAAAUAAGAGAAAAAGCCAGUGUAGUGGUGCCGUAGGAGAAUCCAUACUACCAUACCAUCCUGCAGAUGUCGUAAAAAGGGACAGAGGGAAACUGAAACAGGAGUUGGCCAGCAGCAUCUUCCUGACAACAACUACAAAAAUCUUUUAUAUUUUAAAUAAAUAGAUCGACUUGGCCAUCGCAUGAAAACACAAUGUAUCUCUCAAGUAAUACAUAUUAUAUUAAAUUAGGUUGUUUAGUGCGAUUGCCAAGUCAAUUUAUUUAUUUGAAACAUAAAAGAUUUUUAAUAUUGAUGUGGUCACUAUAAGAUGUUGUUAGGUUAGCUAAUUACAUAAUAACUUAAGACAGAAGGACCCUUAAGUAGGGACUGAAUAAAUUACCGACUUGGUAUUGAAACACAGGAUGAAAUAGAUACCAAGCCGCAAUAUAAUAAUCACAUUGAUUUUAUUGAAUACGACAACGAAGUUAUUACUUUUCCUACACAAAUCGCAAAUACUUUUAAUAAUUUCUUCAUUGAAUUAACAAACAAAGAUAUCCAAGAUAAUAUAUCAAAUAAUAAAUCCAAUC